AGACCAGUCACGUAUAAAUGUGGCAGCACAUAUAACUUGGGGACUGUGCAUGUCAAACUGCUGUUUAAUCAUGGCAAAGCGCUGGAAUGUCACCUCUUUAGUGGCACUAGCACUGCUAGGGUGCUUAGUUUGGACAAAGGUAGAAGCUCAGUACCCGUAUACAAAGGGCGCUACACUUCCUCAGGUACCACUAGUUCUUCCAGGAUCUUUUUUCCGGCAUCGGGUUCCUCAAACUGUUCAACAGUCACAGCAACCGCAGCCACCACCACAUCCACAACAACCACAGCAACUGCAGCGACCACCGCAACCACAGCCACCACCGCCGCCACCAUGGCCACUAGCGCAACCGCAGCCACCACCACCGCAACCGCAGCCACCACCACCACCGCCACCAUGGCCACUACCGCAACCGCAGCCACCGCCGCCGCCACCGCAACCGCAACCACAGCAACGCAAGCAUUCACCUUCUUUCCCGAGUUGUGAGGUGGCAGCAGCCCAGAGAAUCCCCUGUGGAGGUUCUGGUAUCUCUGCAGAUGCAUGUAAAGUGAUUAGCUGCUGCUUUGAUGGCCAAGGAUGCUACUUCGGAAAAGCAGUGACUGUCCAGGUCACCAAGGAUGCCCAGUUCAUUGUUGUAGUGGCCAAAGAUGCCACUCUGCCCAGCAUUGACCUUGAGUCAAUCUCACUGUUGGGACAUGGUCCAGGCUGUACAUAUGUUGACUCCAAUUCAGAGUUUGUGAUUUACCAAUUUCCUGUUACUGCAUGUGGCACCAUUGUUAUGGAGGAGCCUGGUGUUAUUAUCUAUCAGAACAGGAUGUCUUCCUCAUUUGAAGUGGGUAUUGGGCCUUUUGGAGCCGUUACCAGGGACAGCUCCUUUGAAUUGCUCUUCCAGGGUAGGUUCACUGGCACUUCUAUUGAAACUGUGGUUGUAGAAGUAUUACCGCUACAAGAUCCUCCUCUACCGGUUGCUGCUCUGGGACCCAUCAGUGUACAGCUGAGGUUGGCUAACGGACAAUGCUAUACAAAGGAUUGUAAUCAAGUGGAUGCGGCCUAUAGCUCUUUCUACACGAAGGCAGACUAUCCUGUGACCAAAAUACUGAGGGACUCUGUGUACGUGGAGGUUCAACUCCUUAAAAAGACAGAUUCCCUUCUUGUCCUGACUCUUGGUCGCUGUUGGGUAACCGGUGGCCCCAACCCUUCCAGUCUGCCCCAGUGGGAAAUUAUCACAGACGGGUGUCCAAACAAGGAUGAUCACUACUUGUCCUCACUGAUUCCAGUUGUUUCCUCCUCUGGUCUGGACUUCCCUACUCACUACAGGCGUUUCCUUUUCAAAAUGUUUACUUUAGUGGACCACAAUUCAUUGCAACCCCUGAAGAAACAGGUGUACAUUCACUGCAGUACAGCUGUGUGCCAAGCUAUGCCCGGCAGUAACUGUGAACCGUCAUGCGCCAGCAAAAUGAAGAGAGAUGUGGAGGCUGUGGACCAGAUGAAUGCUGAGCCUAAGAUUGUGGCUUCUGUUGGACCAGUGAUCAUGGAGCAGUAAACAGCACGGUGUCAAGCUUAAGAAUUUGGCUGAAAGCAUUUAGUAAAAACAAAAAACAUUUGCAACAGUAA